GCCAAUGUUUUUAUUUGAAUCCCUUUUUUAUUUUUGUAAAUUUGUUUAUAUUGAGUUUUCUAGUAUUAUUAUUUUUAUAUUGUGCCCUUCACUCCAUACUAAACUAAAAAUUGUAACUGACUCUAAAUCUGUGCUUGACUGUGAUAAUCAUUAUACUUAGCCCAAAACAGUAAAUUAAAACGUGAAGUCCACUGUUAGACCAUUAAAAGUGUAUAUGAGGAGGAAUAAAAGAAGAGAGAGUUAGUGGCGGGUAGAGGGGAAAUCAGUUAGAGGAGAGAGGGUGAGUUUGUUAGAAGAGAGAGAUAGUAUAAAUAACAAAUAGUUGGAGAGAGGGAGGGGAUGAGGAUUUUGGAAUUAAGACUGGACCUCUUGGCCAGUGGAGGAAGGGAGGCUUCCUUGGGGGAGAGUGAGAUACCGAUAUUCAUCUUUUCUUAUCAUUACAGAGGAAAUAUCAAUACAUAUACAUACAUAUUUCUUAUACUGUUGAGUGUGUGAGUAUUAUUUGCCGCUGUUCAGUUCCUUGCAUAAAGGAACCUAACAGAUUUGGUCCGACCUGCCGGAUUAUUUUGGAGGGAAGAGGAGUGCGCGUGAUAGGAGAAGAAUGGAGGGACGAAUGGUGGCUGUGGAGUCGACGAUGGAGGAGUUGAAGGCAGAAAUGCGAGCGAUGACUCUCGAGUUUCGACGAGCCCUCGGAAGACGUUCUGGAACCCGCGAUAGGAGUUCUGAGGGGAGUCGAAAUUCCGUCCAGGGUGAUCGUGAACGAAGGUCGACAGAGAGCUCUGAUGAAGAAUCGGAGGAGGAGCGGAACGACGUACAACGCAGUUGGAUGAAGCGAGUUGAGCUUCCAACUUUUGAAGGUACUGAUCCAACAGGAUGGAUAGCGAAGGCUGAGAAAUUUUUUGACAUCCAAGGAGUGACGGAGAAGGAGAAGAUGAAGUUAGUGUAUAUCUGCAUGGAUGGAAGCGCUAACUACUGGUUUCGCUUCUGGCGGAAGAAAACCCGACAUCCAACGUGGAGGUUCGGCGGAUUAAUUAGGGGAACCGUCUUUGAGAAAUUGGCCGCGGUGCGACAGAGAGGGGGCGUCGAUGAGUAUAUCCAGGAGUUCGAGGUACUCGUGGCGCAGGCGACCGGAGUAACCGAAGACCAAUUGCUGGGAUAUUUUUUCGCGGGUUUGCAGGAGGGAUUACGAAACACUGUGAGACCGCAUGACCCACGCGAUUUGUUGACGGCGAUGGAGAGAGCUAGGGACAUCGAUCAAGUGGGAUGGACGUCGCGAGGAAGUAGUGGAGUGGGAGGAAGAGGCGGAGCGACGUGGGGAAGAUAUUCCGCGAGUUCAGGAACGGUGGCGAGGACAGAAACUUUUCGCGGACCGUCAGAGGGAUCGGUGAAUGGCGGCGGAGGGCAAGGAAUGAAGAAGGACGUUAGUGCGAAUACUAUGGCUUCGAAGGCUGGUAACAGUGGAGGAGGAACCGUGGGACGAGGCAUUCAGACCCUGCCUUAUCAAGAAUACAUGAAGCGGCGAGAAGAAGGAUGUUGUUUCCACUGCGGCGGACCUUACAGUCCAGGUCAUCGUUGCGCUGAACGGAGCAUGCGGGUGAUGAUAUUGGCGGAGGAGGAUGAAGAUGAAGAAGCGGAGGCAAGUGUCGAAGUAGAACAGAAGGCUAUGGAGUUGUCGGGAUUGUCCGCGGGUGGCCUCUCGCAAUCGAACACGAUGAAGCUGCAAGGGUGGGUGCAGGGGAAGAGAGUUCUGGUGCUUAUUGACAGUGGAGCUACCCAUAGUUUUAUAUCCAACCGAUUGGUGGAAGAGCUGGGUCUGGAGUGCACCGACACACGCCCUUAUAAAGUGUGUUUAGGGGAUGGACAAAGGAAAGAAACCAGCGGGUAUUGCACAGGAGUCUCGGUGUUAUUAGAAAACUUAGAAGUUAGAGAUAAGUUAUAUCUCUUUGAAUUAGGCGGUGUGGACAUAAUAUUGGGAAUGACCUGGUUAUCCUCCCUAGGAGAGAUCAAAGUAGAUUGGGGACAGCUCAUCAUGAAGGUGGCGCAUGGAGGAAGAGAAGUGGAGGUAAAGGGGGAUCCAUCAUUGACACAUAGGGUAGUGACUCCUGAAGCUCUUAUAAAAGAAAAAGGGAUUGAAAUGCUGUCUUUAGAGAGUGGCUUAAUGCAAGAGGAGGAGGUAGAGCUGGAACAAAUUCUGAGUGCUUUUGAAGGGGUAUUCCGAGACCCCCAAGGCCUCCCACCCGAGAGGAGAGUGGAUCACAGAAUCCCUUUAAAAGAGGGUAGUGAGGCCGUCAAUGUGAGGCCAUACAGGUACCCUCAUGGAAUGAAAGCUGAGAUAGAGCGUCAGGUGGAAGAGAUGUUGAAUUUGGGCAUUAUCAGGCCCAGUAACAGUCCUUACUCUAGUCCUGUAAUAUUGGUGAAAAAGAAGGAUGGAAGUUGGAGGUUUUGUGUGGAUUAUAGGGCAUUGAACAGGGUAACAGUGGCUGAUAAAUAUCCCAUUCCAGUCAUUGAGGAGCUGCUGGAUGAACUUCAAGGUGCAUCAUAUUUUUCUAAAAUUGAUUUAAAGGCUGGGUAUCAUCAGAUAAGAAUGAAGAGGGAAGACAUUCCAAAAACUACCUUUCGGACACAUCAAGGGCAUUAUGAAUUCCUUGUGAUGCCUUUUGGAUUAACAAAUGCACCAGCCACAUUCCAGGACAUGAUGAAUUCAAUUUUAAGGCCGCUAUUGAGGAGGUUCGUGUUAGUAUUUUUUGACGAUAUACUUAUCUAUAGCAAGACUUGGGAGGAGCAUUCUCAACACCUCACUCAAGUCUUAAAAGUCUUGGCUGAACAUGAACUUUUUGCAAACAAAAAAAAGUGUGACUUUGGGAGAAGACAAGUGAGAUAUUUGGGGCACAAGAUAUCGGCAGCAGGGGUGGAGAUGGACAGGGAGAAGGUGGCAGCUGUCUUGGAAUGGCCAAAACCCAGAAACAUCAAGGAGUUAAGAGGGUUCCUUGGGUUAACUGGGUAUUAUCGCAGGUUCAUUAGAGAUUAUGGGAAAAUGGCUAAACCCCUUACUGAUUUGUUGAAAAAGGGAAUGUUUAAAUGGUCUAAAGAGGGGGCCAUGGCACUGUAGAAGCUUAAAGAGGCAGUGAC